AAACCAAACCAAACCCCGCCCGCGAAUCUCCCCCCUCCGUGCCAAACCAACCAACCGCGCAUCCACCCGCGGGAGAGGAAGGGAAAGGGGGGCCGCGGGGGCAUGGAGUUCCUGCAGGGGCAGAGGCUGGAGACCACGGUGGCCCUCGCGGUCGCCGUCGUAGCCGUGGCCGCCGGCGCCGCCUACCUCUUCCUCCGCAGCAGGAAGCCCAUGGGUUGCUUGGACCCUGAGACCUUCAGGGAGUUUAAACUCGUCGAGAAGAGGCAACUGAGCCAUAAUGUUGCCAAGUUCAAGUUUGCGCUUCCGACACCUACUUCUGUCUUGGGUCUUCCAAUAGGACAACAUAUAAGCUGCAGGGGACAGGAUGCCGCUGGUGAGGAAGUAAUCAAGCCUUAUACUCCCACUACACUGGACUCUGAUCUCGGGCACUUUGAGCUUGUUAUUAAGAUGUACCCCCAAGGAAGAAUGUCUCAUCAUUUUCGUGAGAUGAAAGUCGGCGACUAUUUGUCUGUGAAGGGACCUAAGGGCCGUUUCAAGUACCAACCUGGACAAGUGAGAGCAUUUGGAAUGAUAGCUGGAGGAUCAGGCAUCACCCCAAUGUUCCAAGUUACAAGGGCAAUUCUUGAGAACCCAGAAGACAAUACAAAAGUUCACCUAAUCUAUGCGAAUGUCACAUAUGAUGAUAUUCUUCUGAAGGAAGAACUGGACAGUAUGGCAAAAAACUAUCCCGAUCGUUUCAAGAUCUACUAUGUCUUGAAUCAGCCUCCUGAAAUCUGGGACGGCGGUGUUGGGUUCGUGUCAAAGGAAAUGAUCCAAGCCCAUUGCCCAGCGCCUGCUGCCGACAUCCAGGUGUUGAGAUGCGGGCCUCCUCCCAUGAACAAAGCCAUGGCCGCGCACCUGGACGAUCUUGGCUACACGAAGGAAAUGCAGUUCCAGUUCUGAUCCCGCCUCUGCCGAAGCAUACCAAAAUAACAGCGACGGAACAAGUUUUCCUUCCCCUUUGAGUGGACAAAGUCUGAACCUGUCGCCAUAUAGAUCCAAUAGACGUAGCUCGUCAUCCACAAAGCACCAAAGUAUCUCUCUCGAUGAAAGCACGAAUACCUAAUUUGUAUCGGUGUCGUGACAGUGAACCAUGCCAUUGCUGAUUUGCUGCUCCAACCUUCCGUCCAGACAUUGAGACACCCAAUGCCCUGUAUGUCUCCAACAACAUUACCAGUGGCCCCGGUGCUCGUGUGCUGGAGGCUGCCAGACCGUCAGUUGGAGCCAGAACCAGUUGGACAGAGCCAAGUUCCUGCAGCUGUUUCGGAUC